GCCUGACGUCACUGCGGCCGAAAGGGGAAGUGGAAUGAGUGGGAGCUCGAGCGCUGGCUGUCGAUUGUCAAACGUGCGUUAUUGCUCCAGCGCUGCGGUGCCCUCAGCAGUAUGGAUUUCUGCUUUAAAUUGUGAUUUAUAACUUCCAAUCUGAGCUGGGAGCGCGCAUUUUGUUUGGGGGAAAAAUCUUUUUUUUACGUUCUUCAAUUAAUUCUUUCCAUCAUCUGGCUGACAUCCUCCUCCUCCUCAAAGGGGAGAGCAGACUCUGCACCAUGUCAGAAGUCAGGCCGCACUUUUACAGGCAGGAGUUGAAUAAGACAAUCUGGGAAGUGCCGGAGAGAUAUCAAAACCUCUCGCCUGUAGGAUCCGGCGCUUACGGCUCCGUCUGUGCUGCCUUUGACACACAAGCUGGUAUUCGUGUGGCAGUUAAAAAACUUUCCAGACCGUUUCAAUCUAUAAUUCAUGCGAAACGCACAUACAGAGAGCUUCGAUUAUUGAAACAUAUGAAACACGAAAAUGUGAUUGGCCUGUUGGAUGUUUUCACACCAGCAGUAACUUUGGAAGAAUUUACAGAUGUGUAUUUGGUAACACACCUAAUGGGAGCUGAUCUAAACAAUAUUGUUAAGUGUCAGAAGCUCACAGAUGACCAUGUACAGUUCCUAAUAUACCAGAUAUUACGCGGCCUUAAGUAUAUCCAUUCUGCUGGAAUUAUACACAGAGAUUUGAAACCCAGCAAUCUUGCAGUGAAUGAAGAUUGUGAGCUAAAGAUUUUGGACUUUGGAUUGGCUCGUCAUACUGAUGACGAAAUGACUGGAUAUGUAGCCACAAGAUGGUAUAGAGCACCGGAGAUCAUGCUAAAUUGGAUGCAUUACAAUCAAACAGUUGAUAUUUGGUCCGUUGGGUGCAUCAUGGCAGAGCUACUGACAGGAAAGACUUUAUUUCCAGGCACUGACCAUAUUAAUCAGCUUCAACAGAUCAUGAGAUUGACAGGAACCCCUCCAGCAUCCUUAAUUAAUAGGAUGCCCGGCUAUGAGGCGAGAAACUACAUCCAGUCAUUACAGCAUAUGCCAAAACAGUGCUUUGAAGAUGUAUUCAUUGGAGCUAAUCCUCAAGCUGUUGACCUUUUGGAGAAAAUGCUUGUGCUGGACACAGAUAAGAGGAUCACAGCAGCAGAAGCCUUGGCUCAUUCUUAUUUCUCUCAGUAUCAUGACCCAGAUGAUGAGCCGGAAGCAGAUCCUUAUGACCAGUCUUUUGAAAGCAGGGAGCUUGAAAUAGAAGAAUGGAAAAGACUAACCCAUGAAGAAGUAAUGAGCUUUGUGCCACCAGAGCUAGUCUCUGAAAGUAUGGAAUUGGAAUCAUGAAAACCUUUUACUCCCAUAUUUGUAUCGCAUCACUGUGAGGACUUAACCAGUUCGACUGAUGGUCCUUUCCAAUAUUAUCAAGUGCCUAUCAUGGUCUUGAUGGCAGAUUUUAUGGGUGAGGGCAAAAUGAAACUUUCGUAACAAUUAUUCUACAUCCCGCAUGUUUUGCUAAAUCCUGGACAAUUGCCAGCUUUUUGUAUAUUGCCAUUAUCAUCCACUGUGAACUGUUUGCUAACAAGAACUUUUGCAAGCACUCAUUCGAACUGGUAAACUUCUGUGUAUUUGUAUGCCUUAUUUUUAGAAAUGCAUACUAUUUUAAAUGUUUAAUUAUCUGUACAAAAGUCACCCACACCUAAAAAAAACAUGCAAGCAGUAAUUGUUACUUUUAUAUAAAGUACAGAUGGGAUGUACAUUAAUUUAUAGAUGUAUUUGCUGUUUACAGCAUAAAAGAAGCAAUUGUUUUUAUUGUGAUUUCAAUUUUAAAACCUACUUGACUGUUCAGCAAUACUACUACUAACUAAGAGUGCAUGUUUUCACUGUUUAUAAGGGAUUUGGAAUGGGAAUGUUGUGGCAGAAAUUCAAAGGUAUAGGUAAAUAUACAUAUUUGUAUUAAUAUACUUCACUCUUGUGCAAGGUUAGGUAGAUGUAUAUGAAAAAUAUUUUCAUAAUUACUCCAGUUGUUCUAUGUACCUCUAGAGUUCUUCAUUGUAAUUGGAUGUGACUUACAAAGUGUGAUAUUGUAGUGAGACCAUACAAUAAACUAUUCUGAAAUAAAU